UCAGGCAGCAACGCAGCAACAGACGGUUCCAAAGGCUGUAAGAAAAAAAGGAAUUGGUUGGCGUUCUUUUCCUACUCGUUUGGAUUCAACAGAAGGCUCGCUGUCGACCUAAUUUCGUUUUGGUAACAGAUCAGCUCAUUGAUUCAAUUAGACGGGUCCAAAGCCAACCCGGACCGAUCUGUGAACCGUGGCGUCACUUCCAAUUCGAGUGUUAAAGAGAUUUCCUUCCUAAACACACAUAAUGAACUCUGCGUUGGGCUAGUCUUACAGGCAACGCUGAACAUUACUCUUAUUAAAGAGGACAAUCACCUAGGCCUACCUCAGCCCAUUACAGUACGAAGAUUAGGCAUUAUUCACUAAACUCGCGCGAUUAAAACUAGAAACUAAAUGCGGCUGGUAUAGUGAUGAGAGGAGAUGAAGAACAAAAUCUCAGUGCAUAAAGUCUGAAACGUUCUUUCUUUAUUUCUCAUUCUCUCAUUCGGAGAGAAUUUCAUGCAGGGUUUGACAUAUUCUAGCUGUUAUCAGAUUGAUGGGCUAGUUUGAUUGAAGUGGCUUUGUCAUGCAAAUGUCAAGCGCGUGAUGGAUGGUCGCCUCGCGCUGACAAACUUCUGGAGGUCCCCUCACCAUUGGCGCCGUGACGUCUCACGUGACCAGCAGAUGAGGUAAAGAUGUGUUAUAGAGAAGCACGAGCAAACACUCCAGAGGUAAGCAUUUCCCCCCUUCCGCAUGACAUUCUGUUGCGAGCUUGCAGGACAGGAGGCUCUCCCGAUCUCUCAGGUUGAUCCUCCGCCAUUAAUUGCGCAUGGACAAUUCCAGAAUGAACUCUUUUUUGGAGUACACAAUUUGUAACCGUGGGACGAACGCCUACUCGCCCAAGGCUGGAUACCACCACUUGGAUCAGGCGUUCUCGGGCCCCUUCCAUAACGGACACGCAAGUGACAGCUAUAACGCUGAUGGACGACUAUACGAAGGGGGGAGCAACCAGCCAGCAGCAGCAGCAGCACAACAUCAGCACCAGAGCAGCCUCUACGCGCAUCACCAGCACCAAACUCAUCAGAGUGGCAUUGGCCUUUCCUACGGUGGCACGGGGACAACGAGCUAUGGUACGCAGGCCUGCGCCAAUCCGGACUACGCUCAACACCAGUAUUUCAUUAACCCUGAGCAGGAUGGGAUGUAUUAUCACUCAUCGGGUUUUUCAAACUCAAACGUCGGUCCUCACUAUGGCUCCAUGGCCGGUGCGUACUGCGCGGCGCUGGGAGCCGUUCCAGCCGCACCUUACCAGCAUCAUGGAUGCGAAGGCCAGGAUCACCAGCGAGGCUACUCACAAGGCAUCUAUGCCGACUUAUCGGCCUCCCAAGGGAGGGAGAGGGACACGGAUCAGUCGCCACCUGGGAAGACAUUCGAUUGGAUGAAAGUCAAAAGGAACCCUCCUAAAACAGCUAAAGUGGCCGAUUACUUACUAGGACCACAAAACACAAUCCGGACGAAUUUCACAACGAAACAACUCACGGAGCUCGAGAAAGAGUUUCACUUCAGCAAGUAUCUCACGCGAGCGCGGAGAGUCGAAAUCGCGGCCACGCUCGAGCUGAACGAGACACAGGUGAAGAUAUGGUUUCAGAACCGCCGAAUGAAACAGAAGAAGCGAGAGAAGGAGGGACUCGCGCCUGCUUCGUCCACCUUGUCUAAAGACCUCGAGGAUCACUCUGAUCACUCAACUUCAACAUCUCCAGGAGCUUCUCCAAGUCCCGAUUCCUAACCGAGGACAAUAACUUCGGGUGCAUUGAUCAACAGAUUCGAAAUAUAUCGUAAAGUCUAUUAAUUUAAGCAUUCCACAAUGUGCCCGAAAGACCUUAUCGUCUUUUUUAUGAUGGACAAUUCGUUUUAGGAAAAAAUAAAAAAAAUAAAAAACGAACGUCAGCCGAAAAAGUGAAAAGUAGAGACUUUUAGCACAACAAUGAACAUAUUUACACCGUCUCCUCGAACAAAAUUUCCAAUAAUUUUUUGGAAACGUGUGUGUGUGUUAUACAGGGUAUUUCUAUUAUGAUAAAUAUAAUGCACUUUCACAAUGUUUACAAGUCUUUAAACGAACCUAACUGACUUUACAUGGAGCUUAUUUUGUUGUCAAAAUAUAUGUAUUGAUGUUUUUUGUUGCGUUUAUGAAAAUGUACACAUUUCAUAUAUUUGAGUUUUGAGUAUUGUAGCUAUAGGGGUUUUCGGACUUGCACUAUGCGUUUACAAGGUAGGCCUUUGCUGAGCACCAGCACAAUUUACUUGAUGAGAACGAUUCCUUCUCAGUGUGCACUGUGAUAUUCCAUUCCAUUUGUCAAUUUACAGCGACUGAAUUCGAAUCUUGGGAAAGUUCUAUUCCGUUUGUAGAAAAAAGGCAAUGCAGGGUGUUUAAAAUGUACUUUUUUUAAUUAAAACAUUUAAUAAAUUUGAUCUUUUAGCCUAUAGUAUUUUUUAAGCGCAGACGAGCUGAGUUUUAUUAGUUACUGUCUGUAUGUUUCCGUAAUCUAAAUGUCUCAAUCAAAUGCUUCUGUCAAUUCUUUAUCUACCUCAAAUAAAAACAAUAUUUUACUGAAACAGUCUCUGCAAC